CAAAACGCCAAACGCAAGAUGGCGGACCUGGAAGCAGUGCUGGCAGACGUCAGCUAUCUGAUGGCGAUGGAGAAAUCCAAGUGUAUGCCGGCGGCCCGGGCCAGCAAGAAAAUCGUUCUGCCCGAUCCAAGUGUUCGAAGUGUGAUGCACAAAUAUCUGGAGAAGGAAAACGAGGUCAACUUUGAUAAAAUUUUCAACCAAGUAUUAGGCUAUCUAUUAUUCAGAGACUUUUGCGACAAUGUUUCAGAGGAACCGGUGCCACAUUUGAAGUUCUACGAAGAGAUCAAAGCCUACGAAAAGACAGAGUGCCAUGAUGAGAGGCGGAAGCAAGCGCGCGACAUCUACGACAAUUACAUCAUGAAGGAAAUGUUGUCCCACACACACGAAUAUUCCAAGGAAGCGGUCGCACACGUCCAGAAGUAUCUGAUGAAAAACGAGGUGCCAGUGAACCUGUUCGAGCCGUACAUUGAGGAAAUAUUUCACCAUCUGCGGGGCGAACCGUUUCGAAAGUUUCUCGAAAGCGACAAGUACACCCGCUUCUGCCAGUGGAAAAACUUGGAACUCAACAUACAGCUAACGAUGAACGAUUUCAGUGUCCAUCGAAUCAUCGGCCGGGGUGGUUUCGGUGAGGUGUACGGUUGCCGCAAGGCGGACACAGGCAAGAUGUACGCGAUGAAGUGCUUGGACAAGAAGCGCAUCAAAAUGAAGCAGGGCGAAACGUUAGCACUGAACGAACGGACAAUGCUGUCACUCGUCAGCACGGGGGUCGAUUGCCCAUUCAUCGUGUGCAUGACGUACGCUUUCCACACACCGGACAAGCUCUGCUUCAUCCUGGACCUCAUGAACGGUGGCGACCUGCACUACCAUCUGUCCCAGCACGGUGUCUUCAACGAAUCGGACAUGAAGUUCUACGCGGCGGAGGUAAUCCUCGGACUCGAACACAUGCACAAACGGUUCAUCGUAUACCGGGAUCUCAAACCGGCCAACAUACUGCUGGACGAGAACGGUCACGUGCGCAUCUCCGAUCUCGGGCUGGCCUGUGAUUUUAGCAAAAAGAAACCGCACGCCUCGGUCGGCACCCACGGCUACAUGGCGCCGGAGGUCCUGUCCAAGGGUACGCCGUACGAUUCAAGCGCGGACUGGUUCAGCUUUGGCUGCAUGCUGUACAAACUGCUCAAGGGCCACUCGCCGUUCCGGCAGCACAAAACCAAGGACAAGCACGAGAUCGACCGGAUGACACUAACGAUGCAACCUUCCUCCUUGCAGAACGUGGAGCUGCCGGAAUCGUUCAGCAAAGAACUGAGAGACCUGCUGGAGGGCUUGCUGCAGCGCGACAUCGACAAGCGGUUAGGCUGUAAGGGUGGCGGUGCCGAGGAGGUCAAGUCACAUCCGUUCUUUGCCGGUAUUGACUGGAAUCAGGUGUACUACCAGAAGUACACGCCACCACUAAUACCACCGCGCGGUGAGGUCAAUGCCGCGGAUGCGUUCGAUAUCGGUUCAUUCGAUGAGGAGGACACGAAGGGCAUCAAGCUGACCGAACAGGAUCAGGAACUGUACCGAUACUUCCCGCUAACGAUCUCGGAACGAUGGCAACAGGAGGUGGCCGAAACGGUGUUCGAAACGGUCAACACGGAAGCGGACAAGGUGGAACAGAAACGCAAAGCCAAACAGAAGCAGCGCUUCGAUGCGGACGAGAAGGAUUCGGAUUGCAUACUACACGGGUAUAUUAAAAAGUAUGGCGGUUCGUUUGCGUCCGUCUGGCAGACGCGCUACGCCAAACUCUAUCCUAACAGACUGGAGCUGCACACGGAAAGCGGCAGCACCAAACCGGAACUGGUGUUCAUGGAUCAGAUCGAGGAGGUGUCACCGGACUUUGUCCAGUUCAAGAACGAGCAGUGCGUGCAGAUCCGGUUUCGCGACGGUAUACGCGACGGCAAGCUAAUCCUAACGAACUCGGAUGAAAUCGGUUUGAAGGAAUGGGCCUUAUCACUGCGCGCCGCACACAAAGAAAGCCAGGAGCUGCUCGGUUCGAUGGCGAAAAAGGCGGGCAAAAUCUAUGGCACCGAGGGUCAACGGGGUGCUGGACCGGACGGUAACAGGCAGAUGGGUGCAACGGGUAUGGUUAUCUCGAGCGGUGGUGGUGCGGCAGCGGGCGGUGGUGUGAUCGCUGCCGGUGGUCAAAAGAAUGCGAACGGUGGCUCUAACUAGCGGUUACUGUUGCGAUCUCGGUCCUGCUUCAUAGAACCGAAUCGUUUGAAGGAACCGCUGCUAAAGAUGAAGUGCAAGGACACAUAAGCGUGAUCUUUACUCAUCGUACGCGCUAAGUAUUAACCACUUUCAUGACUCCGAGUUGCAAAUAAACGGGUUUUUUCUACUAGUGAAA